AUGACGCUUAACAUCUUCCGCCUUGCUGCGGACUUCUCGCACUUGGCCAGCAUCUUCAUUCUGCUGCACAAGAUGGUCCAGUUAAAUAGCUGCUCUGGCAUCUCCUUCAAGUCGCAAGCUCUCUACCUCAUGGUAUACGUGACGAGAUACCUCGAUCUCUUCGCCACAAACAGCAUCUACAACUUCGUCUUCAAAAUCCUCUUCAUCGGCUCCCAGGGCUACAUCAUCUACCUCAUGACCAACGCCUACAAGCCCACCAACGAUCCUAACGUCGACACCUUCCGCGUCCAGUACCUCCUCGGCGGUGCCGCCGUCCUCGCCGUCCUCUUCCCCGUCCGCUACACGGUCAUGGAGAUCCUCUGGGCCUUCUCCAUCUGGCUCGAGUCCGUCGCCAUCCUGCCCCAGCUCUUCAUGCUGCAGCGCACCGGCGAGGCCGAGACCAUCACCACCCACUAUCUCUUCGCCCUUGGCAGCUACCGCGCCCUCUACAUCCCCAACUGGAUCUACCGCUACUUUGCCGAACCUAACCACAAGCCUGACUGGAUCGCCAUCAUCGCCGGCCUCGUCCAAACCGUUCUCUACAGCGACUUUUUCUACGUCUACUACACCAAGGUUCUCAAGGGCAAGAAGUUCAAGCUGCCCGUCUAA